UAGUUUAAUCCAAAAGUUUUAACACAAAAAAGCACAACCUUUUUACCUAAACAAAUGUGAUUCUUGAUUAAAUUCCUCAUUUCCAGUCACACUACCAACAAAAAUAAUCACAAAAUCCCUCUGCAGCUGAAAACAAAUAAAUUUGAAACUAAAAAUCCCACCUUUACCCGCCGCCGCCGAUGGGCCAAACCGUCUCCUCCGCGAGGCCCAGAUCCUCCAAAUCCACCGCCGCCAUCUCGCCGCUCAAUCCCGAGCCACGCCCCGACAGCCCCGACGAUUCCGCCGCCGAAUUCGACGAUUCCUCCGACACCGAUUACUCUCUCAGCCUCCCCGACGAAUGCCUGGCGUGCAUCUUCCACUCCCUCUCCGCCGCCGACAGGAAGCGCGCGUCGGCCGUCUGCCGCCGCUGGCUCGCGGUGGAGGGCCAGAGCCGCCACCGCCUCUCCCUCCAGGCGCCGGCGGAGCUCUCCGUCGCCCUCCCCCGCCUCUUCUCCCGCUUCGAUUCCGUCACGAAGCUCGCCCUCAAAUGCGACCGCCGAUCCGUCAGCAUCGGCGACGAAUCGCUGAUCCUGAUCUCGCAGCGGUGCAGGAGCCUCACUCGGCUGAAGCUCCGCGCCUGCCGCGAGCUCACCGACGAGGGGAUGUCGAUUUUCGCCGCGAAUUGCAGGAAUCUCCGGAAAUUCUCGUGCGGUUCUUCCAAUUUUGGGGCGAGAGGGAUGAAUGCGUUGAUUGAGAAUUGCGGAUUGCUCGAGGAGCUCUCGGUGAAGCGAUUGCGAGGGAUUAAUAAUGCCGGAGCUGCUGAAUCGAUCGGGCCGGGUAAAGCUGCUGAUUCGUUGAAGAUGAUCUGUUUGAAGGAUCUUUACAACGGGCAGUGUUUUAGCCCUUUAAUAAUUGGGGCUAAGAAUUUGAAAAGUUUGAAGCUUUUUCGAUGCUCUGGUGAUUGGGAUAAACUGUUGGAAUUGAUUGCUGAUAGGGUUGAUAGUUUGAUUGAGGUGCAUUUGGAGAGGAUUCAAGUUAGUGAUUCAGGGCUUUUAUCCCUCUCCAAAUCUGCUAAUCUUGAGGUGCUGCAUUUGGUGAAAACGCCCGAAUGCACGAACGUAGGGGUUAUUGCAGUCGCGGAGAAAUGUAGGUUGCUUCGGAAGCUCCAUGUCGAUGGAUGGAAGACUAAUAGGAUAGGCGAUGAUGGAUUGAUUGCUGUGGCUACUCACUGCCUGAAUCUACAGGAAUUGGUCUUGAUUGGUGUGAAUCCGACACGGUUGAGUUUGGAGAAGCUGGCUUCGAAUUGCCAGAGUUUGGAGAGAUUAGCCAUUUGCGGGAGUGAAACCGUUGGGGACACGGAGAUAUCCUGCAUUGCUGCAAAAUGCUUCGCGUUGAAGAAGCUCUGCAUCAAGAGCUGUCCAAUGUCGGAUCAUGGCAUGGAGGCGUUGGCGGGAGGGUGCCCUAAUCUGGUGAAGGUGAAGGUGAAGAAGUGUCGGGGGGUGACAUCCGAGGGAGCGGAUUGGUUGAGGGCGAACAGGGGGUCUCUCUGCGUGAAUUUGGAUGCUGUCGAGCCUGAACUUCCCGAGGCAAGCGUUAGCGAGCAGGGAGGUGGUGAUGGCGACGGUGAGGCUCCAUCGGGUGGGGGAAGUGGAGACACCAACGUUGCAUCGAGCAGGAGCAACGGGAGGUUCAAGAUGAGGCUAGGGUCUUUCUCGCGGAGAGGAUUGGUGAUGUGCACGUUCAAGAGGUGGUCGAGCUUUGGUGGAAGAUUCAGGAGCUGCUCUGGAAGGGGCUGAUGCCGGUAACUCCCUGCGCUCGAUUAUACGUGACUCGUUAUUUUCGGGUUAAGCCUUUUGAUGUGUUGAUGAGAAGUGUUAACAAUAGCGGAUUUGAUUAGAAUAGGGAAAGGGAGAAAGCCCUUGCACUCCCUUUGCAAUCUUGUAAGAAAUUUGCUUUAGUUUUAGUUGUAGGGUUGUUUAUGAACACAAAAUACAUGUUUUCUUGUUUGUUUAAGCUAAAUCUCCUCGGUUGAAUG